UAUGACACAGAUGGUCUGUACUGAUUGCAACUCGUACGUUUUUACUACCUGUCGGAUUAUAUAAAUAUACAUAUAUAUGCAGAUGCAAAUCUUAGGUUGAGCAUCGACAUCUCAAUGUGCCCGUUAUCCUUGUUUUGUUCUGCCUCUAAAUUUCGGGAUUAUCGGUGAGGGAUCAGUUGUUCCGCAUAGCAAAUUCUGUUGGGAUUUUCAGGAAUCUGAUUCGGUUAAGUGCUAGUGAUUUCGGAAUGUGAUCUCAAGGAUGAUGUGAACCGGUCCAAAGCAAACCUCAAGUGUUUUCGCAUUUUCGUUGACCCAUAAGAUUGAUGCCAUCCGAUAAUAUCGAUAAAAUGGUGCGAGUCCUGGUUGAUGCUGUGCACAUGCAUUGCUCCUUCAAAACGUGAAGAUCCCCCUUUAAUCCAAACAAUUCGCGCUCCAUAAUAUAUCAUGCGGUCUCGGGAUUAUCUGCUUCAACGGUAGUCUGAUAUCGUAUCUGUUAGUUUGUUGUAUCUUCACCAAAUAAAUCAAAAUGAAUGAAGAACGGCAGCUGGUCCGCCCAAUACCGCCGUUUUAGUGAAUGAAUAGAUGAAUAGAAAAUUAUCGCAUUUGGGAAGAAAACGAGAUGAAAAAGGGAAAUAUCAAUGUCGAUAAAAGUGCUGAGUUCAGGUUCCGUCAGUAAGAAAUUGAAGAAAAGUUAGAGGAGUGCGAGGAAAGUCUUAGGCAAUUGUGAAAAUAUGUUUGAUCUCGAUUCGGUGUAAUAAAAAUGUUGGAAAUAAGAAACCCAAAUGGAUUUUUAAUUGAAUUCCGAGUGGAUAAUUUCAAUUAGUCCCGCUUUUCGGUCUUUUUGGCGGAGUGCAGAGAGAGGCUGUAGCGUGGAGUGUUUUGAAAGUGUAUUGCGUUUCGUUCGUCCGAUUGAAGAGGGUGAGAAAGCUCGAUAAUCGCGUCAAUUCCAGACCAAAUGUAUAAAUGAAAAUGAGAAUGGAGCUGCUGCCUGUUGGGGUUAUAUUGUUCCACUUAGCCCUAAUGAUGGAUAUCGUGGCAGGUGUUAAAGAUGUUCCAAUUUACAAAAUGGAAGCCCUAACUGGCGAGACAAUUUAUCUUCCGUGUAAUGUGAGCACUCACGAGCAUGGCGAUGAUAUUGUCUUAAUACUCUGGUACAGAGAGGACAAAGGAACAGCUCCAAUAUACAGUGUCGACAUUCGUGACAGGACAGCGAAAGAACCAAAGCGAUGGUCAAAUGAAACAGUUUUUAGCAAUCGAGCCUAUUUUUUAUUCGAUAAGGAGCCCGGAGAGUUGGCAAUACAAAGCAUUAAUGAGUCCGAUACAGGAUUAUAUCGAUGUAGAGUGGAUUUUAAAGUAGCGCAGACUAGGAACAGUUUCGUCAAUUUAACUGUAAUAACUCCACCUGAACGCAUAAGUAUACGAGAUGAUUCGGGUAUCGAGAGAUCAGCUGUGGUGGGUCCUUACAGCGAAGGACACGUAAUGUCACUUCGAUGUGAAGUUUAUGGUGGAAAACCAACACCGGUCGUGAGCUGGCAACGGGACGGGAUUCCAAUAAUCUCGGAAACAAAUCAUGUCCCGGGUGGUCGUUACGUGGAGAGUGAAAUUAUGCUUGGUCCUCUCGGCCGUGAGGAUUUAAACUCAAGACUGACAUGUAGAGCUACCAAUCAUCCUAGGGCCACGCCUGUCGAGGCUGUCGUCCAAAUCGAUAUGAACUUUGCUCCAUUAAAUAUAAAACUGCUGGGGGCACAUCAGCCAUUAUCGGCAGGACGUAGAUACGAACUAUUGUGUCAAAGCGCCGGGUCUCGGCCAGCUGCGGCGAUAACAUGGUGGUUGGAUGGACAGCGAUUGGAGACUACCACGGAAACGACAUCAAGUGAUGGAAAUCAAACAACGAGCACCCUGUCAAUAACACUAAGCAGAGCCGAUGCCGGCAAGUAUUUAUCCUGCAGAGCGUAUAACCAGGCUGUGCCAUCAGAUACCUUGGAGGAUGGAUGGAAAUUAGAUAUACAAUAUGUUCCUGAGACAACUGUUCGCCUUGGUACGUCCCUCGAUCCAAAUGCUAUCCGGGAAGGAACCGACGUUUACUUCGACUGCCUUGUUACAGCUCAUCCGGCUGUCUAUAAGGUUGAAUGGCGGCAUAAUGGUCGCCCACUGCCCCAUAACAUCUCGCAGGGCGUAAUUAUAAGUAAUCACUCGUUGGUCCUUCAAGGUGUGUCGAGGUCAACGGCUGGUAAUUACUCUUGCGUUGGUUACAAUGCGGAAGGCGAUGGAAUCAGUCCACCGUUCAAGUUGAACAUUUUAUAUGCACCGACAUGUAUGCCGAAUCAGCCUCGAAUUUAUGGCGUCGCUAAACAAGAGGAUGCAAAAAUUAAAUGUACCGUAGAUGCUAAUCCACCCGAUGUUGAGUUCAAAUGGACUUUCAACAAUUCCGCUGAGAGUAUUGAUGUGGCAACAAAUCACAUUAGCCGAUCAGGGACUUCGUCGACCGUUACAUAUACGCCUAUCACAGAGCUGGACUAUGGAACUUUACUGUGCGUGGCCACCAAUAAAAUCGGACGUCAAAGGAUACCAUGUGUGUUUCACAUCAUUGCUGCUGGACGCCCCGACCAAGUACAUAAUUGUACACUUACGAACAUCUCAAUGACAUCGCUAAGUAUCAAAUGCACCGAAGGGUUUAAUGGAGGACUGCAGCAGUCGUUCAUGGUUGAAGUGAAAGACAUGAAUUCGCAGGAAAUCAAGUCGAAUUAUACGUCGCCUGUACCUAGAUUCGCUGUUUCUGGAUUGGUGCCGGGAAGUUUGUACCUUGUAUCGGUUUUUGCAUUCAACACAAAAGGACGAUCUGAUCCAACGACAUUAAAUGCUGCAAUGCUUCGAAUGCCUGAGAAACAAUUAACAUCGGAGAGUGAGAGUCCUCGUCAACCUUUGUUGCUGUCACCUGUACUGUCGCUUGCAAUCGGUCUGACGGCAGCAAUUAUGGUAGCAGGUUUGGCAGUUAUCUUUGCACUCCGAAUUCCCUGCAAGAACUCGAGGCAAAGACGAAAAGAGCUUGCAACAGAUAACACGUCGCGUGAUGGUUCGCCGGGUCCAAGUGACAAAAGUACCGGUAGCAAGGAUGGCAUGGAUGGUAACGAGAGCGACGAGAAAAACCCCGACAUUAUUCCAGAUACAAUGGAUUCCGACGACCAAGUUGAUUACAUAAGACGUCGACAACAUAUAUCAACGAUAGAUACAAGCAGCCCGACAAGAGGUUUAUUGUCCUCGAACACACCUCCACCACAAAAAUACAACACAUCAGGGAUGACGCUGCAUGCAUCCCACAACAACAUGGGCUAUUGUACCCUGAGAAAUGGCUCGCAACCUCCAGCAUCUGUGGGCACCCUUUCCGUGGGCGGUCAUCCCUACACAGGUUCCAUGACGGCGUGCACUUUACCGAGGCAUCCUAACCACCUUUGGCCUUCGUAUAGUGGAACUAUUGCCGGUGUCCGACAGCUACAACCAAUACCCUCGAUACAGCAACUCCCGCCCUUACAGCCAGGUCAUCAGGUGCAACCGCACCCCCAACCACCACCAGAUAUGACAGUCGUGACCCCCGCUACGAUAGCCCUCCAGCAUCUCGGCUCAAGUCAGCGACCCCGAGUGUGUAUUGGAUUGAGUGAUGAUGAGGUCAACGCUCAAACCCCUCUCAUGCUCAAGCACGAGAGCACAGUAUGACUAUAGGAGCAACACGGGGUCGGUGAUACGGCCCUGUGAUAUAGUUUAAAUUAAUAAAUUUACCGUUCGAAAAUUAAUAAGAGGUGUUCUCCGUUGUUUUCCGAAGUAGUAUUUAGUUGUGACCUCUGAUUUUUUCCAAUUUUGAUUUACACUCUUGGUAUGCGCAAGAAUAUUUUCAGAGCUCCGCUUGUGGAAAAACAUUUCUAGAACAUUCACAACUAAUGAAAAUAAAGAAUAACAUGACAAAAUUUACGAAACGUUGGGAAUUAUGGUAAGUCCUUUUUUACGUACAUAUAUAGAAUAAUUCAGCGUAGGAACAAACACCGGUUUGAAUAAUAUUUGCCAAAAUGGAAUGAAAUCGUGAGAAGUCCCCAAUAGGAAAUAUGUAAUGUUGAAAUCUGUUGAAAUAAAUGUAAAAAGUAAGAAAAGUGAAGAAAUAAACUGAACUACUCGACAUUUUUACGUGUGUACAAUCGAAGCAAAAUACAACUUUAUCCAGAUAACUGGCGAACAUGUACUUACGGAAAGCGUUUUUAUAAACAGAGCAUGUCCCUUUAAGGUUGCAGUAGUAAAGCAGGUCAUACAUGUUUGAAAUUUAAUUUCGGUUAUCCACGUUUGUACGUUGACAAAAAGUAAUGGUCGGCUAAGCUAAGCUUCACUUUGCUGGGAGCAUUUUCCUUUUAUCGUUUCUGGUCACAUCGAAAUCGAGGACAAUGAACACUCCAGUGGACUUAUCGCCACCUUAACUUCUUCGGGCUAAAUAUGCAGCAUUCGCCAAAGGUGGAUUUCAAUUCAUCAGUACUACGUAAAUCAACUGAGAAUAAUCAAAAGUGUGAGGGGUGCAUCCCCAUCCAUCAUCAUCAAUCAAAAAAGUUAGUUGAUUUUAGGAGAAAUAAAUCCUAGUUGAAAUUAUAUUCUGUAAAAUACUAAUUUCCUCGUUGGUUUUUGGUUGAACGUUUCUAAAAGAGAAUAUUUAUUUAGUGAAUAUCUACGGCUUUGUGAUAAAUUAAUUAUGUAUCAAAUUUCUAAGUAUUAUGUCGUCAAACGCGUUUCAUGAAAACCAUUUCGACUUUUGUUUGUACUUUGUUGCACGUUCUCCAUUCGAUCGAAAUAUUCAAUAAGCAAACUGAGUUGAAAGGGGUAGUAACGAAGGUGGUUAAUUGCGACUGCAACAGACUUGUUUACAUACUCAUGUAAAUAGACAAUUUAAAUGAAAUAAUUUUUCAAAGAAAUGUGAAUUAAAGUUUUUUAACUGAAUUUGAACCUGUAUAUAAAUAAAUAGAUGUAUAAAAUUUUUAUUAUAUAGAAUAACGGUGGUGAAUGGUUAGGAGAAAAAAUCAAACAUAAAAUAUAUAAAAAAAGAACCUAAAAUAUAUGAAGUAAAAUAGAUAUAUUUUAUGAAAGAGAGAAGCGAGAUAUAAAUAACCAAAUACUCUGACAAUUUUAUGUCAGAAAAUAUUCGUGGUUUAUUGAAAUAAUGUGAGAAUUAUAAAUUAAAUAAUUUAUGGAAUCUGGUUGGGGAAUGUCGCGUUCCGAUGUACCAAACAUGUUGCUAUUUUUUACUUAUCCACUAUAUGUAUGUAUGUACAUACUACAUAUAUGUUCAACUUAUUUUCGAAAAAGAUACGAAAAACUAAGCAAUUAAACAAUAAAACAGGGUGAAAUUCACUAUGAAAAUAUCCAUAAUAUGCAUCCAACUCAUAUAAGAUAUGAUUUAAAUGGUUAAAGCAGUUGUUCUUUGAUUACCGAGUUUUUAGACAACGAAAAUGCGAACCCAUAUUUCCUUUCGUUCUCCUUUGAUUCAAGGUUCACACUUGAAAUUGUUAGAAAAAGCUUUAAAUUUAGAUAUUGUUAUUUUCGUUGUUCCAUUGCUUUUGUAUUAAGUUUCAGUGAGUUAAACCCAAAAAUUUACUAGCAUUUUGCGAAAUAUUAAUAACGAAAAAACUGAUGUUCAGUCAUUUUUUGUGCACACUUUGUAUAUAAAUUAUGAAUAUAUUGUAUGGAA